AACUUUUUGAACAGACUUGUUAAUCCCAAAAUUGCUUUGCACAACAUUCACUUGAUGGCGUCCCAACACUAAGAUGACUCAGACUGAACGAAAUCCGCGCUCCAGAGCUCAGGAUGAUACAUCGAAUGCAAACCCCAAACUAGACAAAUUUCAUCUGUUUAGAUAUCUCCCGUACGAUCUGAGGCAUUCAAUCUACGUCCUCGCUACCCCUCGUCGGGUCGUUCGUGUCGAGGAAGGGCCAGUUAAUCCCAAGGAAAAGCGGGCUUGGGCCGAACAAGAUUACGAGAGCUAUUUCGACUAUGCAUUCGAAAAAUUUUAUAAAGAGAUGCUAGUUGAAAUGCAGGUUCCGAAGUUACACCCCGACCUGGCCGCCUUUGCACAUAACUGGCGACACAGAAUUCCAUGGGCAUCAUAUAAUAACGGACACAAGCAGACAUGCUUAGAAGCGUACGGUUUCACUUCAAAUCAGCCUCUCCACGAACCUUGGCAGCCGUCAGGGGAAACACCACGCAUUCCCACGGACUGGCUUGUCGACUAUCCUGAACUCGCAUUCGAAUUGACCCGCAAAUCUUGCUUGUACAGCGACGCCGAGAUACCUGUGUUUUUGCAUGUAUGCUCAGAAUCACGACAAGCACUCGUUAACUGGGGCUAUCGGCUCUUCUUUGCGACUCGAACAACAGGUCCAAGGACUUGGUUUCACCCUGGCCGAGACCGUCUUUGCAUCCCUCAUACAGUAGAAGGCUUUCCUCGUACAGAUGAUAGACAUUACGGAUCUGGCCUUCCAGGAGAGGCUCACACGCCAUAUCCAUGUCCUGAGCCUGGUCUGCUACUGUCAGGUUGUCACUGGGAUAUAGGUCAAUACCGUGUGGAUGAUUUGAAACAAGUCAAGAACGUCAUCCUCGAAAGGCCCUCGACGGGUACGGAUCAGGACAAAUUGGCCAAUAAAAUUCAGUCUAUUCUUCCUCUACUUUCGGGUCUUGACGAGCUGUUGCUUGAGGACUGGGGACUGGAAGAAUUUGGGUAUUGGCUCUAUCCAUUCCGUGGUUCGCAUGCUGUGGAAGUGAAGACACCUGCCAGCUCCGUCGCUUGCAUCCCUGUUGAGGAUAUCGAUGCUAUAGGAUAUGCUUUCUGGGAGCGUUCCCGACCAGUUGAUGAGGACAGGCUCGGGCCAUUAUGUUACACCGGGUACCGAAACAGCGAUUUCAACGAAUACUUGACUAGUCCGUCUCGAUCUCAGCCUUACCAUGUGGCAUACGCCGAAGGGGUAAAAGCUCGGCUUCUUACAUGGAGAUCCGAGCUUACAACAGCCCAAGCUCAGAAACCGCGGAUCCCUACCAUUGUCCACGUCAAUAUCUGCCCAGACUCUUGCUCAGAGAUUUACAUGUCCAACAGGCAUAGAUUCUGGGAGGCCCUUAAGUCUCUUAGCGAUGAGCAAAUACAGGAACCGGACUUUCGAGCAAGGUUCUCACAACAGAUGAAUGAUUGUCCGCCUCCUUUUAGGAUCAAGUGGCGCGAUCUAGAAUGGGGCGUCGAGUGGCCAGAGACAGUUGAAACUGCCCGAUUAAUAGAUUCAAGAGCGAUCGAUUGGCAUAUGGAAGGGACGCUUCAGGCUUGGUACUUGAAUCACUCAGAGAUCCCAGAGCCACAGUUUGUUAAACUGUAGCAAGUUGGUCCCUGAGGUAUUUCACGAGAGCUGGCUGAUUUCGUUCACCUCAACCAUAACGCUUGGUUGCGCCGCAGCUCUUAGAUGACCCAAAGGGCACUCUGAUGCAUGACACCUAGAGUUUACACUGAUCCCAUAUUUGUAGAACCAAUGAAUAGAGGUGCGUAAUAUGCCACCCAGCGCUGUCUAAUGAUACGCUUUUGCC